AUUCCUAUUCUCUGACUUCUUCUCUCUUUGUGCCCCAAUGUUUAGCCCUAAUUCCUAUUCUCUGUCUUCUUCUCUCUGUGUACCCCAAUGUUUAGCCCUAAUUCCUAUUCUCUGUCUUCUUCUCUCUGUGUACCCCAAUGUUUAGCCCUAAUUCCUAUUCUCUGUCUUCUUCUCUCUGUGUACCCCAAUGUUUAGCCCUAAUUCCUAUUCUCUGUCUUCUUCUCUCUUUGUGCCCCAAUGUUUAGCCCUAAUUCCUAUUCUCUGUCUUCUUCUCUCUGUGUACCCCAAUGUUUAGUGUUUAGCCCUAAUUCCUAUUCUCUGUCUUCUUCUCUCCCCAAGGCGUCCAAGGAAGCAGGACAGCUCCUAGUGGGAAAACCCAACAUUCCCUUUGAGAGCCAUCAUCACCACCUUCUGCACUGCCUGGAGAAGACCACAAAUCAUGAGUUUAUUGACGAGCAGACUUUCGAGACCAACUGUAUGGAGGUAACCAUGGUGAACAAAUCCGGAUCUCGAACCUCGUCCCUGUCGUCGUCUCCCUCCGGCCUGUCGUCCUGCUGCUCCAGACGACACAGGAAGAAGAGCUCCAGUCUGCCCAACUGCAACAACCAGGAGCUUUCCACCAUCCAGAUCAGAGAGAGGCCUGUGGUCAACAGUCGCUCCAGCCUGAACGCCAAACUAGACUCUGAGACGGUGCCGUUGAAGAGCGAGCCCUACAUCACCACCUCCGUGGUCAACCUGCGUCCUGCCCCUCUCCCAUUGGUCACAUCAUCAGACGGUGACGGAUCCACCAGCUCCACCGUCAAUUAUUCUCAGAGCAACAUUGUCAGAGUGUCGGCCUUGUAGAUGUCCACUGUCAGUCAAGGUCUGUUUGGCUGACUGUUUGGCUGACUUCAUGGAAAACUGUUUGGCUAACUGGUCUCAAGGAGAAACAGCAGCAGGAGAGAGAGAGAGAGAGAGAGAGAGAGAGAGAGAGAGAGAGAGAGAGACCACUAAUUGAUUGGACUGAUUGGAGGACAGUCAUCCUGCCAGAAUCCCGCAUAAUUUCCUGCAAUUCUACACAUUUUGCAAUGUCAAUAAUAUCUGAGUGAGUAACUAACAAAAUCAAUUGGGGCCCCCCUGGAGGUCAGGGCCCCUGGACACGUGCCCUGCGUACCUGGUCGGUAUUCGGCCAUGAUUACUACAAGUUUAGAUACCGUAAAACUUCAAUUAAUAGCCUGGCCGUUUAUUUUCUUAAAUCACUGAGCACAAAAGGUGCUUAUUAGAGACAGGCUUAUCUUUGACCAAGACGUCUAUUUCCUUAAUGCACACAGCUUUUUGCAUAGAUAAUUGUUGAAUUCCAGCAUUCACGUCCAUCAUUUUAAUCAACUUCUUUAUUUCCUGCUCUACUGUGUUAUAAUUUACACACUUUGUAUUUCAAUAUAUAUUUUUUUUUACUUUUCCUUGACAGGAUAAUUAUUCUCCUCUUUGACUGUGUGUUUUCAGUAGUUCUUACUUUCGCCACUAGAUCAAACGAUUUCUAGGGGUCGUUGUUGACUGUUUUUAUGCUUGCCAGUAAGGUAGCAGUCCUCAGCUGUUAUCAGCCAAUGGCUAGCAGUUCCUUACUGGUGAUAAAAACGGAUGAUUGACAUAUUUUUUUCGAGUCAUUAAUGAAUUAUAUAAUUUAACAAAUCAAACAUUAAACAAUUAAUUUAGAACCAGCAUUUAUUUUAAACAAGUGUUUAUUUGCUGCAAGGUGUGCAGUUAGUUGCCCAGCUUUUAAAAGGGACAGGCGGUUAUUUGAAACUCUGCGUUUAUUGAAGUUUUACAGUAGCUGGCUAAAUUAACUUACUAAUCUAAACAUUGUUAGUUGACAUGACUGUCAGUGACUGUCAUAACAAGAGAAACAUUGCUGAUGCACAACCAAAUUUCCAACUUGCACCUUGUGUAUUCUGUUAUUCUAACUCAACAGUAAGUUGAGACCCCGGCUGAGUUCUUAGCAGCCUGGGGUCCUAAGUGACCACAUACAGUUGAAGUCGGAAGUUUACAUAAACUUAGGUUGGAGUCAUUAAAACUCAUU